ACAUUCUGAAUUAAAUAUAUGUAUUGUUUUUAUAUUUAGAAAUGUUAGAUUCUUCCCCUGAAGAUGAAGAUUUCCCAGGACGUCUUUUACAUCAGGCUGCUUUAUGGGACAAUGCUGAAUUGUUGGAGGAUCUCUUGGAAGGGGGUCAACAGGCAUUUAUAAACUCACAGGACAGUUGGGGAAGAACACCUUUGCAUGCUGCGGCUAUCACAGAUAACUCAAAAUGUUUACAAAUUUUGGUAAAUGCAGGGGCAGAUCCAAAUAUUCAGUGUGGAUCUAGAGGAGGAUGCAAAACUCCAUUACAUUUAAGUGCUGAACAUGGCCACAGUGUUAACAUCACAGUACUGCUGCAACAUAAUGUUAAUUUAUUAUUGCGAGAUGUAGAUGGACUUACUGCAUCAGAUUUAGCAGAAAAAUGUGGACAUUCAAAAUGUAUGUUAAUUCUAAAAGAAGCUGCAGAUGCUAAAGAAAAAGCACGAUUGGAUAUUCAUGCAGCAAUUAGGGACGGUUGUACUCAAGGUGAUGUUAAUUCGGUACAACAGCUUUUACAGUCUCUACAAAAAGAUGCUGAGCUUAUUAUUAACAUGGCCCCAAGUGGAGCUAACACUUUAUUAUUUAUUGCCUGUCAAAUAGGAAACAAAGAAAUAGUAAAAAUAUUGCUACAAUAUGGUGCAGAUGGCAGGUACCAUUCAGUAACAAAAUACUCACCAUUAUACAUCGCCUGCUAUCAUGGGCAUCAUAACAUUGUGGAAUUAUUAUUACUUAAAUUUCCAGAACUUGUGCAGCAACACACCGUCGAACGUUGGCUACCAAUUCAUGCUUGUUGCAUAAACGGACAUGUAUCCUGUUUAGAACUUUUAUUCAACUUUCCUUAUCCCACUAAAGUUCUUCGAAAGUAUAGAGAUAGUACAGAACAAUGGGAGUAUUUUAUGCCGUUUGAUAUAAACGAAAGAGAUGCGACAGGACAAAACUUACUAUAUGUCGCUGCUUUGUUAGGUAAUAAAAAACUGUUGGAUGUAAUUUUGAAAUUUCGUGUAAAAGCUACAAGAAUAAUGCAUUCUGAUGAAGAUGUGACUCCAAGCUCUGAAAUUAAUUCAGUUGUAAGUCCUACAAGGAAAAGAAUAUCAGAUGGCAUACAGUCUAUUAUGUCAAAAUUAAAUCUUUCUAGAGAAAAUUCUUUAGACGCCGAAAACGAUCCAAAUGCCAAAUCAAUAUGCCCAUUACGGAUUGACAUGUACUGCAAUAACAACACAGAAACCGCACUUCAUGCAGCAAUUAAAGGACGACAUUACGAUAUUACACUGUCUCUCUUGAAAGCUGGAGCAAGUCCAAAUACUGUAAUAAAAGCUUAUCAUGAUAUUAAUGAGAGUUUGAGCUGUUGUUCUGUGGAAGAAGAUACUAACUACGGCCAAUCCACAGGGCUUGUAGAAGCUUGUCGAAAUAGGGAUGUUCCAAUAGUGGACUUACUAUUAAAACAUGGCGCCAGAGAUGAUGACUGUAAAGCUCUGUCUGUUGCAGUUCAAAACAAAGAUGAAACACUCAUUGCUAAAUUACUUUCAACUAAGGCACAUGCAGAUCCAGAAUAUAAAAUAAACAAAAAAGCGAUGACUGAAAAUAUAAACUCCUCACAGUUUACAAUUUUCUCAAAUGUAACAAACCUUACAUACUCUACUUUAUUUCCAAACACUCCAGCAAUGAUUAACUGGCACAAUCAGAAGUGCAACUUAACUCAAAUAAAAACUCAGUGGCUUAUAGAUGCUGCACUACACUUGAAUCAAAAAUUGAAACAGAACCCUAGAAGUUAUGAUAUUGCCUUGUACGCUAUUACGAGAUUGGACGUCUCUAAUAAUAGUCUAACUUCUGUACCCCUAGCAGUUUUCCAAUUGCACAGUCUCAGAUAUUUGAAUAUAGCCCAGAACAAAAUCGAAAAGUUGCCAGUACCAGUUCCAUCACCUGCAAAAAGGGGUUUCAGAAGGAAAAGUACAAAUAUAGAAGACUUAGGUUACUCAUGCCCCGCACUAGAAGAGUUAUAUAUUCAAGAUAAUCGGUUGGAUCAUAUUCCAGAUGCCAUCUUUAAGUUACCGUCUUUGGUUACACUAGUAGUAGAAAAUAACAAACUACAACAGCUGCCUUAUAAUAUGUGGUUAGCCCCUAAACUAAAAGAAUUAAAUGCAUCAUUUAAUUUGCUGAAAGAGUUACCUGCCAACCCCAGUGAGAAUAAAAAGGAAGAUUUAGAUAGAAUGAGUAUAAGCUCAAGCGAUAGCCAAUUAUCAAGUCACACAGAGCCUGAAUCAGAAGGUGAAAGUUCUGAUUUUUGUGAGGAAACAAAGUUAUUUAAUUUUGAAGAUGGUGUGCGAUACAGAAAAAAGGAAAGAUGUUACCUCCAAAUGGAUCUAAUCAAACACCAUAUAUGGAGAAAAAAUGUCGAAGUCACGGAACAAAUUCUCCACAAUGAUGAUUCGAUAACUGAACAGUCCUCGCAAUUAUCCUCGCUGAAUCUAGCUCAUAAUUUGUUUACAAGUAUCCCAGUUGUACUGCCUUGCCUGGCAGUUAAUUUGGCAAAAUUGAACAUGGCUUUCAAUUCGUUAAGGUCUAUGUCUCACAUUACCAGUUACCCCAGUUCGUUAAAACAGUUAGAUUUGAGUCAUAAUCAAAUUACUGUGUGGCCCAGUCUGCCUCAGGUAGAAGCACAAGAUAAUAUGGAGUUGGCGAACCUGGCUUGUUAUAUGGGAGCAGGAAAUUUUAGGGGUAAAACACCAGAAAUUGGAGUUCGAAGGAAGUCGGGCAGAUCAGUUCGAAAUACUGUGCUACAUUAUGUAUGUUCACACAGGAGGCACUUAAGACUAGAUAACUUACGAACCCUUAUACUUGCUGACAAUCGACUGACGAGAAUUCAAUUAGCUACAGAUGACGAUGGCGAUGUUAGCAGUACCGAAGAUGAAGAGUUAGAUAGGAAUUCGCAAGCUGGAAAAGCAAGGCUAAUGUUCCCAAAUUUAUCCAUGUUGGACAUUAGCAAUAAUAAUUUAAAGGAAAUACCAUCAAACAUAAAUGAACUGAGUAAUUUGUCAGUGUUAAAUAUCAGUGGAAAUAUAGAAAUAAACGAACUCCCACCACAAAUGGGCCUGCUGUCUCGCUUGUGGAAUUUAAACACCAGAGGUACAACACUACAAGAACCACUUAAGUCUAUGAUUGAUAGUAAAAAAUACAAAACCAUGGACAUCAUCGGGUAUUUAAAAUCUGUUUUGGAAGAUGCCAAACCUUAUGCCAGGAUGAAAUUAAUGAUUGUUGGGGUACAAGGCAUCGGCAAAACUAGUUUAUUAGAACAACUUAGGCAGGAAGGAACAACUAGGAGAAGGCCAGAGCACUGGGCAAAGAGAAUGGGUAAUAAAAAUAUAAAUGUAAAAACUUCCAGAGGGACAAACAUGUCCACAGUUGGAGUGGACAUUGGUGACUGGGUUUAUGAAAAAAAAGUACGUUCUCAUUCCUCACACGGUCCGGUCAUAUUUAGAACAUGGGAUUUUGGUGGACAAAAAGAGUAUUACGCAACACAUCAGUAUUUCUUAUCCAAACGUAGUCUGUAUUUAGUAGUAUGGCGAAUAACAGACGGUUACAGGGGCAUUAACGAAAUAUUGCAGUGGUUAGUGAACAUACAAGCCCGAGCGCCAAACUCUCCCGUUAUUAUCGUCGGAACGCAUUAUGACGUAGUACAAGAAUUUAAUCCAAAUAUUUCCGAAGAGUACCAACAAAUUAUUAGGGAACGUUUUAUAAACAUCGUUGAUGCAGAGAAGUGUGGCUUACCUCGAGUUUUAGACACAAUUGAAAUCAGUUGUAAAACUAGGCACAACGUUAAACUCCUUUGUAAUUUAAUAUAUGACACGGUGUUUAGUUUACGACCUCCGGGUAGCAAAGAACUGCUGCUGGAACAGAAGGUUCCUGCCACGUAUUUAGCGUUAGAAGACGUCGUUAAUUAUAUAGCUACAGAGAGAAGGUUAAACGGUCUUGAUCCAGUAUUAAACGCAGAGCAGUACAGGAAUUUGGUAACAUCUGAAAUGCAACAGAGAUACAAUAAAACGUUUAGAGACUGGUCAGAACUGCAUCAAGCAACAUUAUUUUUGCAUGAUAACGGUGUUUUGUUACAUUACGACGAUGCCACACUUAAAGACCUUUAUUUCCUAGACCCGCAAUGGUUAUGCGAUAUGUUAGCUCAUGUAGUAACGAUUAGGGAAAUAAAUCCGUUUGCUAGAACAGGUGUUAUGAAAUUAGAUGACUUGAAACACAUUUUUAAAGCAAGUAAUAUAGGACCCAUGGAUUCGAGAGGAUAUAUCGUAAAUCUCCUAAAUAAGUUCGAGGUGGCUUUAACGUGGGACUCCAGAACACUGUUAAUCCCUUCUCUAUUACCAUCAGAAGAAGACAUAUUGAUGGCACAAAUGUAUCCGGGGCAGUUCCAUCCCAUGGUUAAAGUAAAAGUUCCUUUAAGAUCUCGUGGUUGGGCUGUAAGAAACAAAAAAAUUACGGUUUCAUCAAAGUCUGUUUUGUUUAGGGAAACCAAUUCUCGGAGCGGAUUUCAAAUGACAAUGCCUUCUAGUUCUGCUGCCACAAUAAACGCUGAGCAACAGGUCGAAGAAAUACAUUAUCAGUUAAAAUGUCAAACGUCAAACAAGUCCAUGACACGUCUUCUGCUCAUGUCUUAUUUUCCUUCUGGAUUCUGGUCGAGACUUAUCUCCAGAAUAUUAGCUGAUGACGCGAUAAUUGAUAUUAUUAGAUCAUUUUUUAUACUGCCUAAAGAUGUGGCACAAGACAUGGAGUUAGUUAAGCUUCUAGACCUUAAAGCAGAAUGGGUACUUUGGCAAACAGGGCUGCAACUGAAAUAUGGAGAUGUCACGCUAUUUCGAAUGAAGGAGGUUUUGCAUAAUUCUGCAGCACAUUAUAGACAAUUAAGAUUUAAACUUAAACAGGAGGGUAUAUGGUGUGACGUGGAUUUACAAAACAUGUCCAUUCUAGAAAUAUACUUUCCAGUGGAAUCUUUAAUUAUUAAACCCAUACCAACAGAAAAUACUGAAAAUAACAUUAAGGAGCACUUAGUUAUAGACCCUACUUUAGAGUGCACAGCUCAACUUUUAGCUUUGGCAGUUGACCAUAUCGAUAUUCUUCUUGAGGAUUGGUAUCCAACUCUUGGCACCAGAUUCGUGCAUACAUCUGAAGGAAAAUAUUUAAUCACUCGCAUAAUACCAUGUCCUCAGUGCUUAAGCAACGAAAGCGAACUGAAUUUAAAUGAAUUCCCCCACUCCAAUUCGCAUCUCCUAGAUGCAAUCAGUCAGGACCAAGAACAGGCUACAGGGUACCAGAAUUUGUACAGAAUAAGAAAAUCUCAGGAAUCCUAUACUUCUGAAUGUGACAGUGGAGUUGGACCAGAUUCGGCAGGAUCUAGUCGAAUUCCUUCAAUGGAGGGGCAUCCCGGAGUCCAAAUAGACGAGCAAAAUGGGUCUGAAAAGCCUGUUUAUUACUGCUGGAUGGUAGAAGAAUGUAUUUUGGCUGCUUACAAUUCUAAAGUUGUAACUUGUCCAACUCAUGGGGACUGUCCGUUAGCUCGAAUAGCUCCAGACACAAUAUUUAUGGAUUUGGGAGAGCGCUACAUAAUAAAACCCGAAAACAUAAAAAAAGGCCGGCUACUGGGUCGUGGAGCCUUUGGUUUUGUUUUUAAAGGCACUUGUAAGAUAAGGGGAACAAAUAAUAUGAUUGACGUAGCAAUGAAGAUGUUGCAACCAGUUCAGCCAGGACCUAAUGCUCGACAGUCUGCCCUUAUAGCUUUUAAGGCUGCUCAAGGAAAAUGGGAUAGAGACCCACUACAAUACGCAUGCAAGGCAUAUUGUACAGCCAGACAGGAGUUAAAUAUCCUACUGUCCCUGAGACAUCCAAAUAUUGUGCCUUUUGUUGGAGUCUGCACUAGUCCUCUGGCUCUUGUCCUAGAUUUGGCCCCACAAGGAGCUUUAGAUUUAGUUUUGAGACACUAUAGGAGAUCUGGUGCAAAAGUUGGGCCAUAUACUUUACAAGCGAUAAUAUUACAGGUUGCAAAAGCGAUAGAAUAUCUUCAUCGCCAACAUAUAAUUUAUAGGGAUUUAAAAUCAGAAAAUGUAUUGGUGUGGGAAAUGCCACCUCCUUUUGUUGACCAUCCAGAUCAUCAAGUCCACAUAAAAGUUGCUGAUUAUGGUAUUAGUCGUCUUACUUUACCAUCUGGAACAAAAGGAUUUGGAGGAACGGAAGGAUUCAUGGCCCCAGAAAUUAUGAGAUAUAAUGGAGAAGAGGAAUAUACGGAAAAAGUGGAUUGUUUCUCGUUCGGAAUGUUCAUUUAUGAGUUAUUAACUCUCCAUCAGCCUUUCGAGGGACAUGAAUCCGUUAAAGAAUGUAUAUUAGAAGGUGGAAGACCUCCUCUGACAUAUAGGGAAACACUCUAUCCGAGUUACUUCUUAGAUUUAAUGGUCUUGUGUUGGUCUCAACAACCCAAAGACCGACCUUCAGCAAGUCAGAUAGUAUCGAUUGCAAGUGCUCCAGAAUUUACUCACUUAAGUGAUGUGGUAUCAUUGAAGCACCAGGCCCCAGUGGUGGCUACAGCUAGUGCUCCUGUAACGUAUAUAACAGAUGAUGGUCUGUCUGGCUCAGAAAUGUGGUUAAUGUGCGCCAAUUCCAGAAUGGACCUCCUCCUUGCCGCAGACAGGGGUUGGCUUCAAUACCACACAAUGAAUUUGCCUAUAAAAGCAACUGCUGCCUGUAUCGUUAGUGAUUCAGUUUGGAUAGGUGAUUAUGUUGGGAGAAUACACGCAUAUUCGGCAAGUGAUGGUCGUAAAUUAUUCUUUUAUACCUUAGAAAAUGAGCCAUAUACUCAAGUAGAAGCGUUACUUUAUUUACCGACAUUGAGAAGAGUUGCAUGUGCAUUAUCCAAUGGUAGACUGUUUUUGGUUAAUUCUGAAACAAAACCUUUAACUCCUACUGCCGCCGAAGGUACGUUCGUCAUGACAGAACUCGGAUCCACAUCUGUCAUUAAUUGCAUGUGUGGAGUUUUUAAUGGAACUGAAAAUUGUUGUGAAUUAUGGUGUGGGGAAAUGAAUGGACAAAUAUCGAUAUACACUAUAAAAGAUCAUGUAGUUGCCGGUCACGAACUUCUAAACCACUAUCAACCUGUGAUAGAAAAGGUGGAUGUAAUGAAUUUGGUUUCUGUCGACAAUAAUGUCUGGUCUUACGUACGUCCUGGUUGUAUUGUAUAUCAGUGGGACACUAAGACGAGAAGCAUCGUUAAUAAACUGGACUGUUCCAAACUGGUGCCUUGCUCUGAGAGUCUAAAAUCUAUCGCCAUCGAGGAGCACUUAAGUCCGACAAAUUGUCAGGUAACAAGCCUGGUAGUGUUAAAAGAAGAACUAUAUAUAGGAACUACUUGGGGUUGUGUAAUAAUAGCAGAAAAGAACACAUUGCGUCCGAUUACUAUAUUCCGCCCCUAUGAAGAGGAAGUGAGAGCGAUAGUUCCCCUGGCUGUUGGUAGAAGUAAUAAUGGUAGCCAUGAUAACACCCCGUUAUUAGCAACCAUUGGCAGAGGAUACCGUAACCUUUUGUCAAGAUAUACCGAUAUAUCCUUUAGUGUUGGAACUCCUCUACCUAGCCCUGUAGCAAACUCUGUUUCUUCAAAGCCAAAUAUGUUUGUUUUAUUAUGGCGAGCAGAGCACUGGAAUGCUGUUUAAUUUUCUUUUAUUAUUGAAAUCAUUCCAUUGUAACUGCAUUUUAUCUUUUUUACAAAGUCACAAGGUGAUAACUGUUUUAUAUUUAAUAUCAAUUAUAAAUUAAUCAUUUGGCUAGGCUGAAAACUCCUUAAUUCCGAAUGUGUAAUAGCUUACAUAUUUAUUUUGAUACAUUUUUCUGAUGACUUUUUUAAUUUUACAUCACUGAGUAAUGUAUUUAAAGUUUGCAAA